AUGGCUGGAAAGGCAAAGCCAAAGAAACACACCGCGAAGGAGCUCCAGGCGAAGGCGGCGGCGGCGCUGACGAACAAAGGCGGCGGUGCCGCGGGUCUCGUCGAUCGAAAGGGAGGAGCCGCCGGGCACGCGAAAUUUAAGUGUCCGGUGUGCGGCAUGGCGGCGCCGAGUGAGAAGAGCGGGAUCGCGCACUGGGACUCGAAGCAUCCCAAACUUACCUUCGACUUCGCGCAGUGGACCGAUCAGCACGCGGUGCACGGGGGGACGACGCAGGGCGUCGCGGUUCGCGGUGCGGCGAAGGACAAGUCGGUGGCCGAGUUACAGAAGACCGCGGCGGGUCGAGAGGAGCUCGCGCGACGGGAGAGAGAGAAGAAAAUGGUCCAAUAUUAG